GUUUUGAAACAGGUUUUGCCUGGCAUUCUGCAGAAGCAUUGCUGUAUCUUACCAGACAGGAACACAGAGUCGCAGUGCACCCUCUGCGGGGAGCCGGAAGAGGAAGAGGCCGGGGACCUGGUCCAGCCGGGCAUCAGCUUUCCGGGGCCGGCCGAGGAGGAUCUAGACCAGCAGUAUUCAUGGUCCCCUACCCGGCACUUCGAUGAGGAGAGGUACUCCCCCGCACCGAGGACUAUGAGAGGCGUGUCCGGGAGUCGGAACCAGCUGCCGCUCUGCUCCGGCCACACCUGUGGCCUGACGCCCCCCGAGGACUGCGAGCACGGCCACGGCCACCUGCACCAUGGCCCGGAGGUGCGGCCGCCCUACCUGCUCAGCCCGGCCGAGAGCUGCCCGAUGGAGCGCCACCGCUGCUCCCCGCGCACCUCCAUCCACUCCGACUGCGUGAUGCUGCCCGUGGUGCUGGGCGACCACGUGUCCAGCAGCACCUUCCCCCGGAUGCACUACAGCUCCCACUACGACACCAGGGACGACUGCGCCGUGGCCCACGCCGGCGCCAAGAUCAACCGCAUCCCGGCCAACCUGCUGGACCAGUUCGAGAAGCAGCUGCCGCUGCACAGGGACGGCUUCCACACGCUGCAGUACCAGCGCGCCCCCGCGGCCGCCGAGCCGCGCAGCGAGAGCCCCGGCCGCAUCCGGCACCUGGUGCACUCCGUGCAGAAGCUCUUCACCAAGUCCCACUCCCUGGAGGGCUCGUCCAAGGGCCACGCCAACGGCACCAAGGGCGACGGCCGGGCGGACGAGCACGCCCAUGGCCACCACGGCAAACACAGCAAGCGGAGUAAGAGCCGGGAGCGCAAGGCCGAGGGCCGGCACCGCGCGGGGCUGAGCAGCUGGUGGAGCUCGGACGACAACCUGGACAGCGACAGCACCUACCGCGCCUCCAGCGCGCUCAGCCGCCACCACGCUGACCCCGUGGCCCGCUGCUACCCCGACGCGCUGGCCGGCCCCUUCGCCGACCUCUCGCUGAGGACCUCCAAGAGCAACAACGACGUCAAGUGCUCGGCCUGCGAGGGCCUGGCCCUGACGCCGGACGCCAAGUACAUGAAGCGCAGCUCCUGGUCCACGCUGACGGUGAGCCAGGCCAAGGAGGCGUUCCGCAAGAGCUCCCUGCACCUGGACAAGCCGCUGGGGCCCCCGGAGCUGAAGCCGCCACUGCGGCCCUGCCACUACCUGCAGGUGCCCCAGGACGAGUGGGGAGGGUACCCCGUUGGGGGCAAAGACGAGGAGAUUCCCUGCAGGAGAAUGAGGAGCGGGAGUUACAUCAAGGCCAUGGGCGACGAGGAGAGCGGGGAGUCAGACUCCAGCCCCAAGACAUCCCCCAAGGCGGCCCUCCGGCCGGAGCCCCUGCUCAAGUCCAUCGGACAGAGGCCGCUGGGAGACCUCCAAACCCAGAGCUACCUGCACGCCGCCAGUGACGGGCCAGCCGGCCACAGCCUGGACCCCGCUGCCAACUACAACUCCCCGAAGUUCCGCUCCCGGAACCAGAGCUACAUGCGGGCCGUCAGCACCCUGAGCCAGGCCAGCUGCGUCAGCCAGAUGAGCGAGGCGGAGAUCAACGGGCAGUUCGAGUCGGUGUGUGAAUCCGUCUUCGGCGAAGUGGAGUCUCAGGCCAUGGACGCCCUGGACCUCCCGGGCUGCUUCCGCACGCGGAGCCACAGUUACCUCCGGGCCAUCCAGGCCGGCUACUCCCAGGGUGAUGAGUGUGUCCUCAUGCUGACGCCCCCCGACGUCGCCGCCACCGUCAGACCCACGGCAGCCGUGUCCUACAGCAACUACAAGAAGACGCCGCCACCCGUGCCCCCCCGCACCACCUCCAAGCCUCUGAUCUCGGUGACCGCGCAGAGCAGCACGGAGUCCACACAGGACGCCUACCAGGACAGCCGCGCCCAGAGGACGGCCCCGUGGCCCCAGGACGGCCACGGCCUCUACAACUCCACGGACAGUCUGGACAGCAACAAGGCCAUGAGCCUGGCCCUGGAGACGGCCGCGGCCCAGCGCCACACCGAGGGCCAGGGCGGCUUGGCCCGGACCAGCGACAAGGCCAUCCUCAUGUCCAAGGCCGAGGAAUUCCUCAAGAGCCGGCGCUCCUCCAUCGGUGUCCAGGAUUCUGAAUUCCCAGAGCAUCAGCCAUACCCAAGGUCGGAUGUGGAAACAGCGACAGACUCUGACACGGAGAGCCGGGGCCUGCGGGAGUACCACUCUGUCGGCGUGCAGGUGGAGGAUGAGAAACGACACGGACGCUUUAAGCGCUCCAACAGCGUGACGGCCGGGGUGCAGGCGGACCUGGAGCUGGAGGGCUUCCCGGGACACGUGGCCACGGAGGACAAGGGCCUGCAGUUCGGGUCCUCCUUCCAGAGGCACUCGGAGCCCAGCACCCCCACCCAGCACGGGGCGGUGCGGACCGUCCGGACCCAGGGCCUCUUCAGUUACCGAGAGGACUAUCGGGCCCCCGUGGACACUGCCAACCUGCCGCCUCCCGACCCCUGGUUGGAGCCGUCCAUGGACACGGUGGAUGGCGGGCGCAUGUCUCCGUGCCACAGGGACGGCUCCUGGUUUCUGAAGCUGCUGCACAGUGAGACGAAGAGGAUGGAGGGCUGGUGCAAGGAGAUGGAGAGGGAAGCGGAAGAGAACGACCUCGCAGAGGAAAUUCUCGGGAAAAUCAGGAGUGCUGUUGGGAGCGCCCAGCUUUUGAUGUCGCAGAAAUUCCAGCAGUUUUACUGGCUUUGCCAACAGAACAUGGACCCCAGCGCCAUGCCCAGGCCCACCUCCCAGGACCUGGCCGGCUACUGGGACAUGCUGCAGCUGUCCGUCCAGGACGUCAGCAUGAAGUUUGACGCGCUGCACCAGCUGAAGCUCAGCGACUGGAAGGUGGCAGAGUCGCCGGAGAGGAAGGAGGAAAGAAAGGUCCCCCCUCCAAUACCAAAGAAGCCCCCCAAAGGAAAACUUCCCAUCACCAGAGAGAAGUCUCUGGACCUGCCGGACAGACAGCGCCAGGAGGCCCGGAGGCGGCUGGCGGCGGCCAAGAGGGCGGCGUCCUUCCGCCAGAGCUCGGCCAGCGAGCGCGCCGACAGCAUCGAGAUCUACAUCCCCGAGGCCCAGACCCGGCUCUAG